AUGGUGACACGAAAGCCGCUGCCGGACAAUGCUGUUGUCCACCCGCACGUCGCGCCGAGCUCGAACCUGGAGGGCACAGACGCUGACCUCCCGACGGCUGCCAAGUCUCAGGCCCUUCCUGGGCAGACACCUGUCGACGAUGCCGCGGACCUGUCAGAUACCGAUAGCUGGGAGCGGGAUACUGACAGCGAAGACGAAGAAGAAACACCAGCUAAUACGCAGCAUGAAUCAACGAAAGAGAAGGGGAUCGCCGGUGCAGAAAAUGGCGAUGUGGCAGACAAGGACAGCGGUGGCAGCUCCAGUGUACUGCAGCCGGCUGUGACAGGAGACUCGGACCUCAAUACAACACCAGUGAUUCACUCUUCUACGUCCGGGCCCGAGACAGGGGAAACGAACCCUUUCAGGAGGAAGAUGUCAAUGUCAAAUGGACAACGCGGUGCCGCAGUGCCAACAACACCCAGUGAGGCACCUCCGAUGCCUCCAUCGGACGCCUUUGCGAAGCUGGAUCUCGACGAGACGAGCACAAACCCCUGGCAACCUGCGCUGGGUGAAAAUAAGUCUCUGGCGCCGCCAACGCUGACGACUACGGCAGACCAAGAACCAGACCAGCACGUAUGGGCAUCUCAAGUGCCGUCCAGAGCAGCAUCGACUGGCCCAGCCUCGAACUCUCCAGCAAUACAGUCGCCUACCCCAGAGGAGAAGGGCACUUGGGCCGAUGACCUUCCUGAGAAGUCGUCCAUCGCGGUACCACCGUCUUUUAGAACGUCUCUCGAAGACCAAAAGCUAGAACAAGACAGCCAUGCUUGGGACGAUGUGGCGACCUUAGACAAGGGGAAAGCACCUGAGAAGCCUCCUCUGGCCACCGAAACGGCCUCAGAGGGCUCACGCGAAGUUGAGGAGGGCCUGAUUGACAUAGGGCACGAUCCCAGUCCUGGUCCAUCGGGGCAAACAUCUCAAGCCCACGGGCAAUCCGAGGAAGCUGCACCUUCGCUGCCCCCUAGGCAGUCAGAGAAAGCUCUGACCUUGGUUCCCGGGCCGCCAGCUACCGGGAGGACAGAAACCUACCAGAUCAAGAACAUCACUUGGCACGAUGCUAACGCGGCCAACACCAUGCGGAAAUCCCCGAUUCUCGUGCAGAAUGCGAAUGGGCCAUGUCCGCUGAUGGCGCUUGUUAAUGCUCUUACUUUAACGACUCCUACGGAUGCGGGGGAUGCAGUUCUUGUCAACACUCUGAAGACGAGAGAACAAAUCAGCCUCGACCUUCUACUUAACGCCGUUUUUGAUGAGCUCAUGUCUGAGCGGAGAAUAACGUCUGAUCAGUCUUUGCCUGACAUCACCGAGCUCUAUGCAUUUCUGAAGGGUCUACACACUGGGAUGAACGUCAACCCCCGAUUCAUACCAACAGAAGAGACUGAGAAAGCCUUCAAACGGACUUCUUUAACUCACCUUCAUCCCACUGAGAGGGGGGAACUCAUCCCGGGCACGUUCGAAGAUACGAAAGAGAUGUCAUUCUACAGGACCUUCCGAAUACCUCUAAUCCACGGGUGGCUGCCGCCGCAGUCAGAACCUGUGUAUGAAGCUCUGAAACGCCAUGCCGAGUCGUACGAGGAUGCUCAAAAUAUUCUGUUCAGAGAAGAGGAGCUGGAAGACAAGCUGAGCAGCACGUCUGGCGCAGGCCUCUCCGAGGAGGAGCAGGGCAUCUACCAGGACAUCCUGAGCAUCAAGUCCUUCCUUUACACAGCCGCGACGCAGCUUACGCCCUGGGGCCUCGAGGUUAUCACCAAGGCAAUGCGCCCAGGCUCUGUGGCAAUUCUCUUCAGAAAUGAUCAUUUCUCUACCUUGUACCGGCACCCACAGACCCUCCAGAUGUUUGCGCUUGUCACCGACGCUGGUUAUGCGGGACAUGAUGAGAUUGUUUGGGAGUCCUUGGUAGACGUCAAUGGCGAGAGCUCUGAGUUCUUCUCUGGCGAUUUCCUCGUGGUUGGUGGUCCGGCGCAGAGUGAAGAGUAUGCGGCAUCGGGCAGCGCGUCCGCAUCAAAUAAACAGAAGGAAUGGACCACUGUUCAGAGCAAGGGAGGGAAGAAGCGCGAAGUCGAAGCACCGCCGAUGUCACCUAAGGAGCAGGAGGACCGUGACCUGGCACUAGCUCUCCAGCUGCAAGAGGAAGAAGACCAACGUCAUCGUACAGAGCAAGCUCAGCGACGCAGAGAAACCCAGCUCUCCGAACAGUUUAUCGAGCAGCAAGCAGUGCGCCAAGGUCCCGUGGGCCUUCGACAGACCAACAGCAACAGUAACAACAGCGGCAGUAGCAACAACAACGUGCCCGUCAACACAGGCCGACGGCCGUCGACCGCCAGAGGUGGUGCCAGUGCCAAUGCCAGCCGCGGAGGAGCUCAGAAUGCUUCCCCUCGACCAGCCCAGCAGCAAACGGGCUGGGGAAAGGUCCAAAGCGGCAUUCGGUGCUUUCACAGCAAGGCAAGGCAGUAG